CCGCUGGAAGGGAACGGCUGCUCCCGCUGAGAACUGACAGCGCCGGCUCCGUGCGGCUGCGGGGACCGUCCCCGAGGCGGUGAAAUAUUAGAGUUUAAUUGAAGGAUAUCGAAGCUCUGCCUCUUAACCUUCCUUGCGGGACUGAUAAAUGCACCCCUUAUCAACAGUGCUUCUGAAUCUGACUCUUGUGGACUUUUUCAAAUAACCGGAUUACAAUGGUUGACACAGAAAUGCCGUUUUGGCCCCUGAAUUUUGGAAUCAGCCCCGUGGAUCUGUCAGCCAUGGAUGAUCACACACAUUCCUUUGACAUCAAGCCCUUCACCACCGUUGACUUCUCCAGCAUUUCCUCCCCACACUAUGAAGAUCUUCCCCUUGCCAGAGCUGACCAGUCAGGCCUGGAUUAUAAAUAUGAUAUCAAGCUCCAGGAUUGCCAAAGUGCCAUCAAGCUGGAGCCUCCUUCCCCACCCUAUUUCUCAGAGAAGGUUCAGCUGUACAGCAAAGCUCACGAGGAGGCGUCCAACUCGCUGAUGGCCAUCGAGUGCCGCGUGUGCGGCGACAAAGCCUCCGGCUUCCACUACGGCGUGCACGCCUGCGAGGGCUGCAAGGGCUUUUUCCGAAGGACCAUCCGGUUGAAGCUGAUUUACGACAGGUGCGACCUGAACUGCCGCAUCCACAAGAAGAGCAGGAACAAAUGUCAGUACUGCAGGUUCCAGAAGUGCCUGGCUGUUGGGAUGUCACACAAUGCCAUCAGGUUCGGGCGGAUGCCCCAGGCGGAGAAGGAGAAGCUGCUGGCAGAGAUCUCCAGCGACAUCGAGCAGCUGAACCCCGAGUCCGCCGACCUGCGCGCACUGGCCAAGCACCUCUACGACUCCUACAUCAAGUCCUUCCCUCUGACCAAAGCCAAGGCGAGGGCCAUCCUGACAGGAAAGACGACAGACAAAUCACCCUUCGUUAUUUAUGACAUGAACUCUUUGAUGAUGGGAGAAGACCAGAUCAAGUGCAAGCACGUGUCCCCCCUGCAGGAGGAGAACAAGGAGGUGGCCAUCCGCAUCUUCCAGCGCUGCCAGUUCCGCUCCGUGGAGGCCGUGCAGGAGAUCACCGAGUUCGCCAAGAACAUCCCGGGCUUUGUCAACCUCGACCUCAACGACCAAGUGACUCUGCUGAAGUACGGGGUCCACGAGAUCAUCUACACCCUGCUGGCCUCUCUGAUGAACAAGGAUGGGGUUCUCAUAUCCGAUGGACAAGGGUUCAUGACGCGGGAGUUCCUGAAGAGCCUGAGGAAACCUUUUUGUGACUUUAUGGAGCCCAAGUUUGAGUUUGCUGUGAAGUUCAAUGCACUGGAAUUAGAUGACAGUGACCUGGCAAUAUUUAUAGCUGUCAUUAUCCUAAGUGGAGACCGCCCGGGGUUGCUAAACGUGAAGCCCAUCGAAGACAUUCAGGACAACCUUUUGCAAGCCCUGGAGCUGCAGCUGAAGCUGAACCACCCCGAGUCCUCGCAGCUGUUUGCAAAGCUGCUGCAGAAAAUGACGGACCUGAGGCAGAUCGUCACGGAGCACGUGCAGCUCCUGCAGGUCAUCAAGAAAACCGAGACGGACAUGAGCCUCCAUCCUCUGCUACAAGAGAUCUACAAGGACCUGUAUUAAUGAGCAGAGCAGCUGUUGAUCCCCUGACACGAUGUAUGUUCUUCAGAUUGCACUAUUUCUAUGAGGGAAAAACUUGGCGUACCUAAGAGAUUACUGUGAAACAGCAUUUAAAAAGAGAGAGCUUAGUAUAGUAGAUCUAUUUUAUGCAUAUUGUUUAUAAAGACACAUUUACAAUUUACUUUUAAUAUUAAAAGUAUCUAUAUCAU